GGGGAAGAAUAUAAUACAUGAAUUAUUCUUUGCGUCAGGCAAAACGGCUAAAACGGGGGGUGAGAAAUGAAACAGGCAAAAGGAAUGAACUUGAAAAAUUCCAACAUAAAAACAAAGCCGGAAAGUAUGAAGAAAAAUAAAAGUCGCGUCCAUGGCUCGAGGGAAAUUUGUUACUUGACCCUUGUUUCUUUCCUAAUGGUCUGCGCCGCAAUAUUUCUAACAUUUUUCACGACUCGCACGUCAUUCCAGCCUGAUGGAAAGAUCAGGAAACAGCCCAAAGAUCAAAACACAGGGUUUUCCAAAAACAAAUCUCAGCCGGUUGUUCUCUUCUGGAAACGCAAUCUUGCCGGUCUGGACCAUUUGACGCACAUUCGAAACGUUUUCGUCCUGCUGGGAUACAAAGUUAGUUUGGACUUGAACUCGGACUGGGACGUUUUGUGGGCCCACGACUACCCAUUCGAAAACCCACUCGACCCUUCGCCACUUGAGUGGCAGAUGAAGAAUUUGAAGCCGCACCAAAGAGUGAACAAACUGCCCGGAUCGGGUUUUGUCACGUCCAAGGUGGAGUUGGCCACUUCUGGGGGGCUCGGCAUCCCCCCGGCCUUCAGGUUGCCGCAGGACAAGUUCAAACUUAUUGAAUAUGCCAGGAAAAAUCCAAAAGAGAAGUUUCUGGAAAAAGGCAACAGCCAUCGGUCGAUCCGUCUCAAAAGCAUUGGCGAAAUAAAUUUGGAUUCGACGAAAAGUUUCGUCCAGCAGUUCAUCGCCAACCCCCUGCUGAUCAGGGGCUACUUCUUUGACAUUGGCGUGUACGCGAUAAUCACCUCGGUCGAUCCGUUGCGAAUUUAUCGUCUUGAUAACGACGUCGCCUUCAGGUUUUGCAACGAACCUUACGAGCCAUUCGACCCUUUGAACGUUGAAAAAUACGUCAUUGCUGAUAACUACCAGCCGUCCUACAAAGAACCCGUGUUUCAAAAAUAUUUCAACCUCUCGUUUCCACUGAAAGACGCAUUUGACGCUCACAUUCGAAGCAUUGGUGGAAAUCCAAAAUUGAUAUGGGAACAGAUUGACAAGCAAAUCGUCGCCGCCUACUUGACUCAAGAACACAAAUUCGUAGAUUUGCUCUCUUCGUACAAACACAAGCGGAAUUUCUUUGAAAUGGUGCGAGUCGAUUUCAUUUUGGACGACACCAUGAAGAUCCACUUGAUAGAGGUCAACAUGUCUCCGAGCCUCUCCUCCAUCGGAUACGCGCCGAACGGAAAACGCUUCGAGCAAGUCGCCUUUUCGCUUUUGUCGCUCGUCGGCCUCGCCAAUUAUUUGCACCCGCCUCAUCAAAAUUCAGAGGAAGGGAAGGAGGUUUUCGUGGCCGACAGAAAUGUGAUGGUCGUGCAGGAAAGUUGCUUGACCUGCGCUGACUGCACAAAGGUCGAGUGCCAAUUGUGCGCGCCUUGUUUGGACAAAGACUUUUUGGCCGACAUCAAACUGGCGUACAAAGAGCACAUGAACAAGUACCGCGCCAUUCGAAUUUUCCCACCCAGAAUGACGCAGGAAGAGGCAAAGUUGGGCAUUCCGGAAGAAUACGCCAAAAUUACAAAGGCAAAUAAACUGCAGUACCGCUGGUUCCAGGGCAGGUGUCGCAUGGACUCGUCUUGGUGCUAAACUAAUGAGAGAGACAGAAAAACAUAUUAUAUUUUAUUGAAAUAAUAUAUUAAAUUGAAAUCAUCAAAAUUGCAAAUAAUUUCACUACUUUUUUUCAAUUUUUAAUAUUGAAGUUUUCAAUUCAGUGGAAUUAAAGCUCGAUAAUGAAAAAAUUGUUAAAUUUUGUCCUUUUAACUGAAAUUUGAACGAAAUUAUUAUGAUUGUCUGAAGAAAGUGUUGCUGCAAAAAAUGUCCCGAUUAAUUUUGAUGAUGAGCAGUUUUCUUUACAUUAGCAUUGGUUUGUGGAUUUUAAUUUCAAGGAGACAUAAGAAGAAUAAUUUAAUUUAUUUGCAGAACUGAAUUUUCGAACACUUUGUUUCUUUAAUUUUCUAUGAAAAUCGUGUUGGCAAGAUAAAAUCACUCUUGUGUAUCUCGACAUCAACAUUUGUAUUUUGAUCUGGCAAACGUUGAAUUAAAAGUUAAUCAGGUUUUAUUUUAAGGGAAAAAGAUUUUAUACACAAUUUUUGCUUAAAUUUAAUUCAAAGCCUUACAGAUCGCGAUGUUGUAAUAAUAUUUCAUUGAUUGUCUUUAUCUGCAAUUUUCCAACCUGAAUAUAAAAGGACAAAAAAAUAUUAUUAUUAGCAUGUCCUGUCCACAGAUUUUUACUGUUUUCUUUCUUAAAAAAAAAACUAUUGAACACUUAAAUUUUGGCGCUCAAUAGACUUAACAAAUUUACAGUCAUAUGUUUGCUUCAAAGUUGCUUUUGUUGUAACAACGCGCAAUUAAGUAAUAAAGCGCUUAAUCACCGUCACAGGGGUUGAAAUGCCCAUUUACUUUUGUGAAAAUUCGCCUCGGUCUGUGUCUCGUUUGGAAAAAGUGCUCUUCGCGAUUGGCACAUCCGACUUAUAUCAGGCGGAAAUUGCCGAAAGGGGUUGGGGGUGGCGAGUGUGUGGUGACAGCCCCGCGCGCGGCGGCUCGCAUGAUUGAUCGCGCGUGAAUCAGCGCAUUUAGGGAGCAGCGGGCGAUCGUCGGCGCGCGCGGUCGGGGGCCGCCGAUCCAUUUUUAAUAAUUCCAUUUGCCAUUGUGUCCGGCGCCGCAUCAUUAGCACCUGAUAUUCCUUCUCUUCCCGCAUUGCAAACGUAAUAUUUCUGAUGACAAACACGUUCGCCUCGCGGGGGUUCCGCUCUCUACCUCGCCUUUGUCCACUCGCGCCGCGUUUUCCAUUUGAUACCCAUUGUUGCUGCCUGCUUCUGUGCUCCUACCUAUAUUAUUGUGAUUCGAGUGUUACGCCUCAAAAUCGGCAGUAAAUGAAAUCAGGAAAUCUCCCAUCGCAUCUCAAACUCGGGUUUAUUGCACUUUUCUUUCUAAACUUCCAAUAGAAUUACCCUCGUUUUUUGUAAUUAUCAUAUUAAGUGAAUAUUUUCUAAAAAAGGCAUGUUUUUUAAUCAUUCAAUCAUUUAUUUUACAAAAAUUAAACAAAGUUUUAAUUAUAUGGGAGAAAAUUUGCGUUUUCCACAAUUCCCUGGAUCGAAUCUAUCACAUCGCAUCAGUUUGAAGUUUGAACAACUCUUUUGAUAAGAAAUAAAAACCAUUUAUGAACAAGUUUUUGAAUUUUUCUGAUAGACCGCUAAAAAUCCUCCUAUAUUAUUACUUUCACUCCAAUUAUAAAGAAAUUAGCUUUCUAAUUUCUUAAACUUUUAAUAAGAAAUCAUUAUUUAUUAAAUAAA